UGCCAAGCAAAUUGCGCCAACCUCAGCGUGAGCCUACUUGAAACAGCACAUUGACCCGGUAGAUCGAGCACAUGCAGGGCUGCGCUCUUGAUGUCGUAUGUUCGACCAUGUGCAAGCACCUGGUCGGCAAAGAGCGGUAUCAAUGGAUGCUUGUCGCUUAUGCUUGGAUUGUCUGCGCUGCAUUGGACUUUGUUCACUGCGUUGCUACGGAUCCAACUGCUGGCACAAUUCAGCUCUAGCCAACAGCACGCCUUAGUUCCAAGAAUCGCCAAUCACAGUAACAACACCCCAAUGUCUGAUGUAUGGAUUUCCAACCUCGUUGUCUUUCCAGUUGUCUUUCCAGGAGCCUUCUUCCGAGUAUAACAUCAUGAAUAGCAUUGAACAAUCAUGUGUCUGAACAACGCAGAUCUAGGAAUUUUGUCAUGCAAAGCUGGAAAGCCACGUGCGUCCAACGCUAUGGGAACGGGCCUCACCAUCAGACGAUUUUGGGGCACAGUGCAACAGUAACACUCGAAGCUCCCCACUGACCA